AUUUCUUCGUAGUCCUGGCUCCAAAAUAUCGCCACUGGUUCUUUCCUAGGAUGAAAGUGCUUGAGUCAUCAAAUAAGGACAACCAAACGCAAAAGACGAAAACCUUUCAGCAUUAUCUGCCCGAAGGCGAUCGAUGCUAUAGUUGUGUGCAUUGCAGAGCGAAUUUGGCCAGUCAUAAUGAUCUGAUAUCUAAGUCAUUCCAAGGCAGUCAAGGAAAAGCGUACCUGUUUAACUCACAUUAUCUGCCCGAAGGCGAUCGAUGCUAUAGUUGUGUGCAUUGCAGAGCGAAUUUGGCCAGUCAUAAUGAUCUGAUAUCUAAGUCAUUCCAAGGCAGUCAAGGAAAAGCGUACCUGUUUAACUCAGUUGUAAAUAUCGGUACUGGUCCGGCUGAAGAGCGGGUCCUACUCACGGGACUUCACGCUGUUGCUGAUAUCUAUUGUCAAUGUUGUAAGACAACCCUCGGCUGGAAAUAUAGCCGUUUAGCCAGCUUAGACUGCACUGGAGAAUUCAGCGUAGAGUUGGAUUGUAUAUCCGGAAAAAAUCGGUAA